AUGAAAGAGAAAAAGAAAGAGGUGAAACACUGGGAAACCCGUUUGGUUGGAAAUGGGAAAGAUGGAAAAUGUGAUGAUGGGAUGGAAUGGCACCCGGGAUUUGAUGAAGAGAUGACGGUAGGGAAAUCUAGAAUUCUCAGGGAAAUGCUCAGAGAAGUCGGAGCAGGAGGACGGCUGGAAGCAGUAGUAGGUAUUGUAGUUGUCCAGACGAGGAGUAGAGAGAUUCCACUGAAAAACAAUAUGGAUUAG